UUGAAGGAGAUAUCGCAAAUAGGCGUAUACAUCGUGUGGGGAUUAUGAUUUAGAGUUUUACAGCUCCGAGUUAUUUACGCAAUGGAGCAAGUAUCUAACAACGUUAAUCGGGCACCGGUAGAGACUCGUGCUCCAGGUGUUCAGAACAGCGCAGAUUCAGUAGCAAAUUCAGGAGCUGCUCGACCACAGCCACCACCACUUUUAAGAACUGACUCUCGAUCUUCAUUAUCCUCACCUUCCCCUAGACCACCUGGUCCACAAAUACAACAAAGACCACAAUUUCAACCAGGAGGGCCUGUGAGUGUUGGGCCACAGUUUGUGCAGCGCCCCGCUCUUUUGACGAACAGAGCUCCCCCAACCAACCCACCAUCAGGAGGACAGCCGGUUCGAAUACAGUCGCCGCAGUAUCGUCCUGGAGGACCACAGUCAAUAGCACCACAACAAGGACCUCGCUUCCAACAACAAACUCCUCAAGGGACUUCGCGCCCACCAGCUCCAAAUAACUUACAAUUUGGCCCGCGGCAACCAACGCAAUUUGGAAACGCUAUAACGCCCGAUGGUUCCAGGCCGAAUAUAAAUUCACAGUCAAACGGAUCCUUAAAGCAAGGUGUAGCACCAGCUCUCCAUCAGCAAGGAUCACGACAACCUUCGCAAACAAGCUUGAAUAACCUUGAUAUAUCUAAUACGAAUUCCAAUAAAUCAGCCAACCUGGAUAAUUCGAAUGUUUUCAAUGAAAACCAAAACAUCAGUAAAAUGCCAGAAGUUAAUAAUGAAAUACCUGGGGGUAAAGGCAGAAGUUAUAGUAUCUCAGCGGCAUCCGGUGUGCCAGUCAACAAUGAAGCAGAUAGACGAAAGUCUGUAAGUGCUGUUAGUGGAAGAUAUGACGAUUUAUCUGGUCGUGGUUCAGGUCUUGGUCAAAUUCAAGAAAUGAGAGGAAGUAAAGAUAAUGUCCGUGGAUCAAAAGAAAGCAUUAAGUCUGAAGCUUCCAACGAUGGAAACCGGGACUUGAUUGAGAAUCGUCCUGAUUCUCGUUUGUCGGGGUCUAAAAUGAAUGAAUCAUUUAUGAACUCACUAUCAGCCUUUGGAAUAAAGAAAAAAACUGAUGAUGAUGAUGAUGUUGUACUGCAAAAUAGUUUGGCUCCGACUAAAAGCGAUACGAAUAAAACAGAUUUAUCUGAUCGCUCUCCUUCACUGACUCGAAGUGAUGAGUCUCCAGAACCUAAAAACUCAUCUCAAAACUCUGUCGUGUCACAAAAAUCAAAAACUCCUGAACCACGACCAAAGACACCUAAAACUGAAAUUAAGCCAGAUGCUGCUCACGAUGUCAAAACUGAAGUAAAAAAGAGUCCUGGCCCAGCUACACCAAAUAAGCCUUUAGCGAAAUCUCCACUUUUAGAGUCAAAAUCACCAAUUAUGGAGCCCAAGUCUCCAAUACCACCUAAGAAUAAGCCUAAUGAACUAUAUACAUCAGAGACACCUCUUGAUUCGCAAAAAUCUACUCCAAGAAAAAUUGUAUCCGCUCCAAAGUCAAGACCAAAAGAUGGUGACAAUGAUAGUGGUGUCGAUGAGUCCACUCAAGGAAAUGACAUGAAUGGAUCGCCACAGUCACCAAGCAAGAGGCUGCCUAGUAAGUUGCCCACCAAGGAGAAAUCAAGCAGCAGCCUCAAGCCCAGCCUCUCCAGAUCUUCAAGCAAGAGCGCUACUGCGAAGACCCCAGAAAACCCACCACCAAGCGACAAGAAAAAAGUUCCAAUGAAUAAAAUCCAAGUGGGUAACACACCGUCGCCCAACAUCAAGGCUGUGAAGUCGAAGAUUGGAUCGUUGGACAACAGCGCGUACAAGCCGGGCGGCGGGAGAGUGAAGAUUGAGAAUCGGAAGUUGGACUUUAACAACGUGACGCCGAGGAUAGCGGCGAAGAAUGACGCAUACACUCCCAGUGGUGGAACUAAGAAGAUAACUACAACCAAACUAGAAUGGAACGUCAAGUCAAAAGUAGGAUCACUACAGAAUACUUCGUACAAGCCCGGCGGAGGAGACAAGAAAAUCGAAACAGUGAAACUGGACUUCAAAGAUAAAGCAAAGCCAAAGGUUGCUUCCACAGUAAAUAUUACCCAUAAACCAGGUGGAGGAACCGUUAAGAAAUCAAAUACAAAAACUGGAGAAAGAGAUGAUGAGUAUUACGAAGAGCACUGGACAGAAGACCAGCCAUUGACAAGGAGUCGUUCUGCAAGAUUCUCCCGCACGCCAAGGACACCGCGGGCGCUCUCUCCACGAAAGAUUCCCGAUGAUCGCUUCUUCAGGGACACGAUCUAUAGAUCCUCUAACAGGCCCAUCAGCGCUCGUGAUCCACCGAGAUCUGCCUGCUCCAGACGAUCUUCGAUAUCCCAACGCCCUGCUUUUACUGUUUACUAAACCAAAUUCAAUUUCGCGUUUUCUUUGAAGCCAGUACCACACAUUUGAAUAAAAUACUAUAUAAAGGGUGUUGUAACGUUACAUAAGCAGAUACUAUGUCUAAGAAUGGCCUAACUGCUAGAUCAGUCAAUGUUCAUAAUAUAUAAAUAUUCAUCUAAGGUCCGUAUUCCUGAAGGUGAUACAACUCGGAAUUCGUGAUCAACACCUAUGUUUUGUAACUCGAUAUAACUCGAUCAGGGAUUACGUAUAGAGACGUAUUCCAAUACAUAUCUGAAAUGACUUCUUUUAGACGAAUAUAAUCCGAGCCAAUUGAGGUGCCAGUUUUUCAUUAAAUAUUGUUUGUGUACUUACUACUUACUUUUGUCAUUCAUUGAAACAUCGAAAGUGGGGCGAAUGAAUGAUAAAAUUUAUGAAAAUGGUUUUUACAAAUAAAAUAGUAAUAAAGAUAAAAACAUCUAGAACAUCAAUUGAAUACGAUUGUCAUGCAAAUUAAUGUGAAGCUACAGACCUGGGGUGUAAUAACCUCUGUACACGUAGGUUGUUGCAACAAUAUUUUAUUAAUUGGACGUAGGUUGAAAACGUUCCAAGCCACGAACAUCACAUUUUAAGGAAUUCUUGUUUAAAGUUUCAUAAAUAUAAGUGUAUUCCAUACAUGUGGGUUGGGCUACUAAGUCAUGAUGACAUUUAAAGAGUGACAGUAGGGCUGCAAUUUUUUGUCAGUCCGUUAACAUGAAUCACGUGACCAGUUUUGUGUUCUUAACUCAAUUUCGACAUGAUUGUGGUUUGGAACGUUUUUCUGGAAUAACAUCCAAUUGUUUAAAGAAAUAUGUAGGUAUUAGUCGUGAUGUACCUAUACUGUGCUGAGAUUGAUUGUUGCGUAGAUGCGUAAUUCGAACAAGUGUGGAGGAUUAUAUUAUCGAUAUAUUUUGUCCUAUUUGCACAACCUAGGGAAGGUGCGUGAUCUUUGCACGCCACACACUUUUCUUCGUGCUUAUCGAUUUCUUACAAUUGGUGUUGCAUGGAUGCAAAAUGGAUCUGUAGAUGUUGUGUUGAUAUUUGGACUUCACAGAAGGGUCACAUGGUGUUCUAAGAGGAGUGCCCUGUGACAGCAUAAUACUUUAUAUUAAUCAUGUAGUGUAGGCACACGAAGUCAUUAGCCGUUAGUAGGUAUUUUAAGUAGUAUCUUUUAAUUGACUACAGUGUAGCCAAGGUAGAAAAUAUGUAAAAAGAGGAAAAGGAAAAAAAAUAUAGAUACAUUAACUGGAUUAUGUAGUUAACAAUUAUAAUUUAGUUGGACUCAAUAGAGCUGUCUUUGAAGUCUAAGAAAUCUCUUUAGUUUUUCAUUAGCCGACUACAAAAAACAAGGGGAUUAUUUUUUUUUAGUUUUUAGUCCAUUUUUUUAAUAAUUAAUAAAUUUUACCUUAUAACAUUCCAAUAAAAUAAAACAUUAAUAUAAGUAAAAUUGUAGGAAAAUUUAAUACAUAUUUUUGUUCUGAUGAUUUAUGAAAAAAUUAACCUUAUCUGAUAACAAAUCCUCAUCAAUCAGAUUUUAAUCUUUUACACUAUAUAUCCCUAGGUAUAGUAAUUAUACUUGCAUAGGAAUUUUUAAAGUCAAUUAGUGGAUAUAUACUGAUAUCAGUACAUAGCAAAUAACUUAGAUUACAACAAACGGUUACGAUUUACAAUUCUUAUGGUAUAGUACUGAUACCAGCUAUUGAAACCUUUUGACCUCAUUGAAUGUUAGAGCGGUAUUAUCAAUAUUGCACUCUCGCUUACACUUACGGGCUCAAUCUCUGAUAUUCUUAAAUUUGUAACAGAAUUAGCCUCGCGUUAGUAGUGUUACAUACAUUAUAAUUGUGUUAUGGAGUGUAAAUUAAGAUAUUUAAGCACAAUUUUACUGUAUCUUCAUGUUAGUCGACACUUUAUAAUUGUUAUUCCAAAUAUAUUAUGUCAUGUGUCUUAAAUAAAAUUAUAAUAAAGUAA